AUGAAACCGGAAGCAUGGGACUCGUUGUUCCCCCCAUCAUUGCUCAUCCGGACUGAGAAACCGGAUGAGUUGCUCAACAGUAAUCAAAGCGUGACAGCGCGUAGUUUAUCAUCUUCGCGUCCCAAUUCGGCUCGUUCAUGCAGUCCUAGUCGAAGCUCUAGCAGACAUAAGAGAAUGGAACAGAAAAAUCAGUUUGUGAUUAACCCGAACCGUGCACAAAAUUUUCUUAAGGCCAUCUAUAUUGAGAAUUUGGAAUAUCUGGUUGCCGCGUGCGAGGAUGGAGUCGUAUAUGUGCUUGGCUAUGAUUUCAAAGCGACAAAACAAUUUAUGCAAAGCACAAGUAAUCCAACUACUCCGAUCACCAGUCAACUGACCAGGGAUUCAUUGGAUGAGCACAAACUGGAUGAAUAUUGUUUGACAGAUAUCAACUAUCUGCUGAACUCACCGAAACUUAAAGCUAUCAUGGAUCGACUGAGAGGAGACCAAGUUAUAAUCAACGGAAGUCAAACACAAAGCGAUUUACAUUUGGACAUAGCAUCCCCGGAAAAUGUGACCGGAGAGAAAACGGAAGAUGCGACCACCCCGGCCGAGGACGAAGCUCGGGUAAACACAGAAGCACAAACGGGGCGUCAUGGUCCUUUCAAUCGACAAACCCUUGCCAGCGUGCACUGUCAGGGUUGGCAGCAGUUUGCAUGUGCCAGUGCCGAUUGGUCCGUUUAUGUCCGGAAUGCCUCCACAGACGGAACACAGAUGACAUUGAUCAGUCAACUGAUGGGUCAUCGGGGUGAGAUUGGUGUGAUACUCUAUCGAUCGGGGAGCAGUGAACAAACAAGCAGCCAUAGAGAUGCUGUAAAUGGUUCGGGAGAGUGGAUUUCAGGCUCAGACGAUUGCACAAUACGAGUCUGGCCUGUCUGUGAUAUCGGAUGCUGCAGAAUGACGUUGUCCACAGGUGGUCCUGUAACCUGCUUGGCGUGGGAGCCUUCACGCGAGUUACUCAUCGCCGGAGUUGGUAAAGAUGUUAAGAUAUUUGAUCUUGAAGCCGGACAUUUAUAUCAAAGUUAUACCGGGCACUUGGAUGUCAUUCGCAGUAUCACAAUCCUACCCGACUGGAAUGAGUACAUCACAGCAAGUGCUGACGGUCAGAUACGGAUAUGGCGAGCUUGGACAGGUAGCAGAACUCUGACAGAAGACACACCGGGACAAAUGCAAUCCGGAAUGGUCAGUCUAUUCUCGAAUAACCCGGCUGCAGCGAUUUCAGCCGCGGUCCGGGCAUUUUUGGCUAAUGAGGAGAAGGCCGCGAAGGAAACGUGUCGUGUGAUUGGGUAG